GCACAUUCAAUAAUUAUGGGAAUCAUUUCAUUAUUGGGUUUACAGCUCCAUAUUACAGUUAUAGAUAUUAUAAUGACUAUAUUGGAGUAUCAAUUCUUGCUCCCUACGACACAAACGUUACGAUCCUUGGUACUCAGUCAGGCAAGCCAUGGAACUACACUGUUCAUAUUAAAGAAGGAGAAAGUUUUGAGUAUAAACUACCGAUUUCACUGCGAAUGAAGAAAUCAAUAUACCUCCAGAAUGGUAUUGAAAUUUCAUCAACGAGAGAUAUUUCAGUUUUGUGUUUAAAUUAUCAACAGGCUGUAGGCGAUGCGGACGGAUACUUGGCUUUACCAACCAACACGCUAGGUGUUGUUUAUGUUGUUGCAUCAUAUCAACCGUACAGUUCGGGCGAUAGAGCGAAUAUCGCCGUAAUAUCUGCACAUAGCAACAACACGGUUAUUGUUCUUCCCAACAAGAAUGCUGUCAUAUACUAUCGUGGUCUCAGGUAUGAUGGCAGUACAUCGCUAUUAUACAUUACCCUGGUCCUGGAAAAACUUGAAGCACUGUACAUUUCGGGUUCAUCCGAUUUAUCUGGAUCAAUAGUUAUCGCAAGUAAACCAGUGUCUGUCAUAUCUGGCAUAGACCGUGUACGCAUUACAGGGUAUUACGCUUUUCUAGAGACGUGUCUAUUACCCGUUUCAUUGUGGGGAUACCAAUACCUCUUAACAACGGUUGGAAUGUUGAAUAGAAAACAGGGGGAUAUUUUUCGAGUCUUUGCGUAUGAAAAUAAUACUGUCGUUGAAAGUGCGUAUUGGACCAAAGUUUUGUCAUCCGGGAUGUAUGCAGAGUUGGUAUUAGAAAAAAAUCUUGCAUCAUUUGUUAACUGUAGUAAACCAUGUCAAGUCGUGCAAUACAUCAGAGGCGAGUCAAUUGGUGGUAAAUACGCUGACCCUUCAAUGAUAGUUUUACCAUCAGUAAGCCAGUUCCUUUCUUUCUAUCGUGUGGUACUUCCUUAUGGUUCGGCAUAUCAUGAUUCCAUUACUAUAGUGAUUGAAAAUAAACAUGUAGAAGGUUUAUAUAUGGAUGGGCUUAAACUGAAUCGCUUGGAAUGGAAAAGUAUAAAUGGAACAAAUUAUGUAUGGACGAUAGUAAGUUCAUCCGACCCAGAUGCUGUUACAGUCUAUCAUAAUUCUUCGGCAGUAAAAUUUGGUCUAGUCGUUUUUGGUUGGAAUGGUGCUUCUUCUUACGCGUACGCUGGGGGAUUUGGUUUUCGUAAUUAUUCAAAUGGUAAGUCAGUUUAUUUGAAGUUAUUGUGUUCAUGAUUUUCUUCACAAACCGUUUCAAACCUUACAAAAAUGCUGCACAGGGGCCCUUUUUCCUCUAGGUCAGCCAAAUUAUAGAGAAUGAAUGUUGCGUUGUGAAGGACAUGCAACUGCCUGGAGAAACGGAACGUCGACCUUUAAAGCGAAUCAAUGCUCUUCGUCGGAAAGUUAGUGGCUCUAACAAUAUAAUAUUAUGAUGAAGCGCCUUCACUCGAAAUGUCGAAGUUCUGUUGAUUUUUUCAGGUCGUUUUAUUUCCUUCACAUGCACCGCAGCUGGCUGAUACCAUCUUUAUUAACACUGGCGCCGUCCAUUCGAAAUAUAGCUACGACGUGUCCUUUGCACACGAUAUUUCCUUCUAGUCUUGUUUGGCAAAAAGCGUUUUAUUUAAGGGACAUAUUGCCCCGUUGACAUUAUUGCGGAAUGGUCAUUGAAACGAACAGAAUCUUUUGUUACGACAGAACAAUUAAGUGCGCAAAAGACUUUUUCGAAAAUUGCUUUUGAACACACUUCAGAAAUCUUCUUUGCGCUAACCUAUGUUUGUCAUAGGCGGAAAUUUUUGAAAUAAGUGAUAUCUUGAUGCAGCGGUCGACACUCGUUUGUUUGGAACGUGGUUUCGCUUACAAUACAUUUUUCGCCUCAAUAUUUGAAAUUUUGUAUAUACGGUUUAAGAUAUCCAGCCGAGUAUUUUACGAGUUUCGAAAUUAUUUUCCCGAGGCGGCGGGGAAAAAUGCGGCAAACGAGUAAAAUGGUCGACAGGAUUAAAUUGCAAAUCUCAAAGAAUAGAUCUCCUUGUUUUUAGAGCAUUUACUGCAUUUCGCGAUGUAAACGGUAAAAAAUUUCACAAGCCACAAAAAGAAAAAAUAGAGAGCUUGCAAAGUUGCAUAUCAAAUUAGGAACAACUUAAAAAUGAGGUCAGCGUUCUUGAACGUGAUUGGAUAAAAUAUCGCAAAGGAAGAAAACCUGUCAUUGAAGUUCAGCGAGCCAACCAAAUUUCUCGUGCCAUAAACAAGAAAGCUGUUUGCCUGUUUUUAUUAGACUAUUAAACAUACCGAAAUAUGAACGUUAUAAAAAGGAGAAUUACCUGAAGAAAAUGUACUUUAACAACAGAUGUGAAGGUGAGAAUAAUUUGCCCGCAACCCGAUCGAGAGACGUCUUUAUUAUAUCACUAUACUGUACUGCAGUUCUCGCUUCCUCGGCAUAUUCGCCAUGUGGACGUGGCUCAGAAUAAAAAUAGCCUACAAGGUAUUUUGAGGAAAACAUUUGAUAGUUAUUUUUGCUUCAAAUUGUUACGGAAAUUCGAUUUAGAAGUUCAAGAUAGCAAACACCCAGUGCCUUACCCAUGAUAAACAGCGUUGUCUUAAACAGUGGAACGAUUUAAAAAAAGUACUUUCAAAAUGAGAAAAGCGUCUAAACCUGAUAAGGGUUGUCGAUGCGCGAGCGACAAUGAUCCAAUCAGAAUCCAGUGCGUGUCUUGUAUCAAAUAAUUUAUCGCUAGUCAUGCUCUUCGCAAGAAGCGAGAACAAGAAAUACAACGCGCGUAUAAAAAACAGGACAGUGGCUUGGUAACAGCGCAGUCAUGCACGAAAAUUGCGUAAUAUUAAGCUGCGACUUUUGCUUCAGGUUUUUAUCUGACCGUUACAGCAAUUAUAUGACGAAUAAUAUGAAAAGACCAGAAAUAGCACACGGUUCGUUGUCUUGUCUUGACGUGUUUCGAGUCAAUGUUCGUCGAAUUUCUGACAAGGCAAUGAACUGUUUAUCAAACUUCUGACAGAUUAAUAUUGGUGACACAGUAAGUAAUGUGUGAAUGACAAAAACGUGUAUACAGAAAUUUGAUAGCGUUUUCGCUCGCGGUAUAACAUGAGCACUGGAAUUAAAAGAUGUGUUAUGCAGUGUUUCUGAGAUCAGGGGCCAGUGGGACAAAAUUCUUAAUUACUUUUAACAUCAAUUAUGUAGUUAGAUAUAUCGUGGUAAACACAAAUGCGUGAUUUAUGAUUGAUCGACUUUCGCGCUUUAUGUAUUUGGCAACAACUGGCUCCAUCCAGUAUAGUUUGUUGCUUGGGAAUCACGUCCGUGAAAUUUAGGUCAAUAAAUUAAAACUGGUUUGUUUGAAAUGUUUCCUUUUAGAUGGAAAUACAACUUUUCUAUCGCAAGUGCCACCAUAUCAGUCCAGGAUCAAGAGUGAGUAUACUGUAUACUUGUUAGUUUUAAAUUUAGGAUUACAUGUAUAACUAGAAAUACAUGCACGCAGCAACCCCUUGCUUAAACUUCCUACACAUUGUUUUAACCUGAAGUAUUAGUAAUUGGACAACAUUGAACGCAGGCUCGCGUUUGAUGUCUAGUGUAAUGCAUGGCAACACGAUCAUUUUUAAAUGUUUAAGUGUGUAAUAUUUUCUCUUAUGCGCAGGCGACGUGACGUGAAAAAUUGAAUACGAAAAUCUUGUCUUCCAUACGGCUAGCGUCAUAAGAUUGCUAAUUAUAUUCCAUUUUUCCCCAGGCACUUUCAAUAAUUAUGGGAAACAUUUCAUUAUCGGGUUUACAACUCCCGGAUAUUACAGUAAUCGAUAUUCUGACUAUAUUGGAGUAUCAAUUCUUGCUCCCUACGACACAAACGUAACGAUCUUUGGUACUCAGUCAAGCAAGCCGUGGAACAAAACUGUUUAUAUUAAAGAAGGAGAAAGUUUUGAGUAUAAACUACCGAUUUCACUGCGAAUGAAGAAAUCAAGAUACCUUCAGAAUGGUAUUGAAAUUUCAUCAACGAGAGAUAUUUCAGUAGUGUGUUUAAAUUAUCAACAGUAUGUAGGAGAUGCGGACGGAUACUUGGCUUUACCAACCAACACGCUAGGUGUAGUUUAUGUUGUUGCAUCAUAUCAACCGUAUGGUUCGGGCGAUAGAGCGAAUAUCGCCUUAAUAUCUGCACAUAACAACAACACGGUUAUUGUUCUUCCCAACAAGAAUGCUGUCAUAUACUAUCGCGGUCUCAGGUAUGAUGGCAGUACAUCGCUAUUAUACAUUACCCUGCUCCUCGAAAAACUUGAAGCACUGUACAUUUCGGGUUCAUCCGAUUUAUCUGGAUCAAUAGUUAUCGCAAGUAAACCAGUGUCUGUCAUAUCUGGCAUAGACCGUGUACGAAUUACAGGGUAUUAUGACGCUUUUCUGGAGACAUGUCUAUUACCGGUAUCAUUGUGGGGCUACCAGUACCUCUUAACAACGGUUGGAAUGUUGAAUAGAAACCAGGGGGAUAUUUUUCGAAUCUUUGCGUAUGAAAAUAAUACUGUCGUUGAAAGUGCGUAUUGGACCAAAGUUUUGUCAUCCGGGAUAUAUGCAGAGUUGAUAUUAGAAAAAAAUCUUGCAUCAUUUGUUAACUGUAGUAAACCAUGUCAAGUCGUGCAAUACAUCAGAGGCGAGUCAAUUGGCGGUAAAUACGCUGACCCUUCAAUGAUAGUUUUACCGUCAGUAAGCCAGUUUCUUUCUUUCUACCGUGUGGUACUUCCUUAUGGUUCGGCAUAUCAUGAUUCCAUUACUAUAGUGAUUGAAAAUAAACAUAUAGAAGGUUUAUAUAUGGAUAGGCUUAAACUGAAUCGCUUGGAAUGGAAAAGUAUAAAUGGAACAAAUUAUGUAUGGACGAUAGUAAGUUCAUCCGACCCAGAUGCUGUUACAGUCUAUCAUACUUCUUCGGCAGUAAAAUUUGGUCUAGUCGUUUUUGGUUGGAAUGGUGCUUCUUCUUACGCGUACUCUGGAGGAUUUGGUUUUCAUAAUUAUUCAAAUGGUAAGUCAGUUUAUUUGAGGUUAUUGUGUGCAUGAUUUUCUUCACAAACCGUUUCAAACCUUACAAAAAUGCUGCACAGGGGUCUUUUUUCCUCUAGAUCAGCCAAUUUACAGAGAAUGAAUGUUGCGUUGUGAAGGACAUGCAACCGCCUGGAGAAACGGAACUUCGACCUUUCAAGCGAAUCAAUGCUCUUCGUCGGAAAGUUAGUAGCUCUAACAGUAUAACUUUACGAUGAAGGGCCUUCGCUCGAAAUGUCGAAGUUCUGUUGAUUUUUCAGGUCGUAUUAUUUCCUUCACAUGCACCGCAGCUGGCUGAUACCAUCUUUAUUAACACUGGCGCCGUCCAUUCGAAAUAUAGCUACGACGUGUUCUUUGCACACGAUAUUUCCUUCUAGUCUUGUUUGGCAAAAAACGUUUUAUUUAAGGGACAUGCAUAUUGUUCCGUUGACAUUUUUGCGGAAUGGUCAUUGAAACGAGCACAAUCUUUUGUAAGGACAGAACAAUUAGGCGCGCAAAAGACUUUUUCGAAAAUUGCUUUUGAAUACACUUCAGGAAUCUUCUUUGCGUUAACCUAUGUUUGUCAUAGGCAGUAAUUUUUUAAAUAAUUGAUAUCUUGAUGCAGCGGUCGACACUCGUUUGUUUGGAACGUGGUUUCGCUUACAAUACAUUUUUUGUUUCAAUUUUUGAAAUUUUGUAUAUACGGUUUAAUAUAUCCAGCCGAGUAUUCUACGAGUUUCGAUAUUAUUUUCCCGAGGCGGCGGGGAAAAAUGCGGCAAACGAGUAAAAUGGUCGACAGGAUUAAAUUGCAAACCUCAAAGAAUAGAUCUGCUUGUUUUUGGAGCAUUUAAUGCAUUUCGCGAUGUAAACGGUAAAAAAAUUUAAAUGCCAGUAAAAGGAAGAAUGAACAGCUUGCAAAGUUGCAUAUCAAAUUAGGAACAACUUAACAAUGAGGUCAGCGUUCUUGAACGUGAUUGCAUAAAAUAUCGCAAAGGGAGAAAACCUGUCAUUGAAGUUCAGCGAGCCAACCAAAUUUCUCGUGCCAUAAACAAGAAAGCUGUUUGCCUGUUUUUAUUAGAUUAUUAAACAUACCGAAAUAUGAACGUUAUAAAAAAAGAGAAUUAACUGAAGAAAAUGUACUUUAACAACAGAUGUAAAGGUGAGAAUAAUUUCGCCGCAAACCGAUCGAGAGACGUGUUUAUUAUAUCACUAUACUGUACUGCAGUUCUCUCUUCCUCGGUAUAUGCGCCAAGUAGACGUGGCUAAGAAUAGAAAUAGCCUACAAGGUAUUUUGAGCAAAACGUUUCAAAGUUAUUUUUGCUUCAAAUUGUUACGGAAAUUCGAUUUAGAAGUUCAAGAUAGCAAACACCCAGUGUCUUAUCCAUGAUAAACAACGUUGUCUUAAACAUUGAAACGAUUUAAAAAAAGUACUUUCAAAAUGAGAAAAGCGUCUAAACCUAACAAGGGUUGUUGAUGCGCGAGCGACAAUUAUCCAAUCAGAAUCCAGUGCGUGUCUUGUAUCAAAUAAUUUAUAGCUAGUCAUGCUCUUCGCAAGAAGAGUACGUGAACAGGAAAUGCAACGCGCGUGUAAAAAAGAGGGCAGUGGCUUGGUAAUAGCGCAGUCAUACACGAAAAUUGUGUAAUAUUAAGCUGCGACUUUUGCUUCAGGUUUUUAUCUGACCGUUACAGCAAUUAUAUAACGAAUAAUAUGAAAAGACCAUAAAUAGCACACGGUUUGCUGUGUUGUCUUGACGUGUUGCGAGUCAAUGUUCGUCGAAUUUCUGACAAGUCAAUGAACUUUUUAUCAAACUUCUGACAGAUUAAUAUUGGUGAGACUGUACGUAAUGUGUGAAUGACAAAAACGUGUAUACAGAAAUUUAAUAGCGUUUUCGCUGGCGGUAUAACAUGAGCACUUGGAAUUAAUAGAUGUAUUAUGCAGUGCUUGUUAGAUCAGGGGCCAGUUGUACACAAUUUUUAACGUACUAUUUAAAAAACAAGCAGGAGUGUUUUAUUAGGUUUAAAGCCACGAGCGCACAGCGCGAGUGGCUUUAGACCUAAUAGAGCACGACCUGCGAGUUUUUUAAAUGGCUUCAAAAACUCAUUAAUAAUUUAUGAAGCAAUUAUCCAAUCUUGAGUAAGAAAUUAGUCACGUGCAUACGUCUUUAUACCAGCUAAAGAACACUUUAACAAAAGACCAUUGUUAUGCAAACUAUAUAAAUAUUUUUAUAUAAAGAUUUUUAUAUAAAGAUUUUUAUAUAAAGAUUCGACUUAUUAUGGAAACGUUUUUGAAGCCAUUUAAAAAACUUGCAGGUCGUGUUUUAUUAGGUCUAAAGUCACUCGCGCUGCGCGCUCGUGGAUUUAAACCUAAUAAAACACUCCAACCUCGUUCCCAGGAUCUCUCCUUCUGUCAUCUGGGAGAGACCCUAGCUGCGGCUGGUCACGUGCCUCCCAGAUUCUGGGAGGUAAAUUUAAUUGUAACUGUGAGAGGGGUGGGAAAGGAGCGUGUUUGUAGCGUUUUAAAAUUGCAACUUUGGGUGAUGAAAUUUACUGUAAAUUUGCAACAAGAAAUCGUAUUAGGGCCUGUUCAUAUGAUCCCGCUUACCGGGACGUCUCGCUUACCGAGACGAAUAUUUCCGUGUGUUCAUAUGGAAUAUUUCGUCCCGCUUGCCGAGAUGAAAUUACAUUGUAGUUCUAUAAUUAGCGUAUGCAAAACUUCUACAUUUCAGUCAAACAACACAAAUAUUUAUGAUGAUGAAAUUUACUGUAAAUUUGCAACAAGAAAUCGUAUUAGGGCCUGUUCAUAUGAUCCCGCUUACCGGGACGUCUCGCUUACCGAGACGAAUAUUUCCGUGCGUUCAUAUGGAAUAUUUCGUCCCGCUUGCCGAGAUGAAAUUACAUUGUAGUUCUAUAAUUAGCGAAUGCAAAACUUCUACAUUUCAGUCAAACAACACAAAUAUUUAUGAUGAUGAAAUUUACUGUAAAUUUGCAACAAGAAAUCGUAUUAGGGCCUGUUCAUAUGAUCCCGCUUACCGGGACGUCUCGCUUACCGAGACGAAUAUUUCCGUGCGUUCAUAUGGAAUAUUUCGUCCCGCUUGCCGAGAUGAAAUUACAUUGUAGUUCUAUAAUUAGCGUAUGCAAAACUUCUACAUUUCAGUCAAACAACACAAAUAUUUGGCGAUUUUAGUGUUUUUCUUCGUUUAUUUACAAGAAAAAGUAUUGCUUCAGGUGGUUAUUUAAUACUUGUUUACAAAACAAACAUAAAACCAAGUAAAAAGUGUUAAAUUAAACCGGCAAGACUUGUUUCACUUCAUCCCGGUAAGCGGGCUGGCGUGUUCAUAUGGAAAAAAUUUCAUCCCGCCUACCUAUGAUCUCGGCAAAUUCAAACGAGAUCUCGGCAAGCGGGCCAGCUCGCUUUCUCAUAUGAACACAAUGCAAAAUUUUAUAGGAAAAUAGAUAGGGGGCGAGAUCAUCGGUAAGCGAGACGUCCCGGUAAGCGGGAUCAUAUGAACAGGCCCUUAAAGAGAACUCUUAAAUUAAUAUUUAUAUCGUGACGUUCUACUCUAUAAUCUGGUGUCGAGGUACAAUUCAAGCAAGUUGAAUCAGAUUUCAAUAUUCAACUUAUAGACUUGCCAAAGGAAGCACGCUUGCCGGCGCCGCUUGUGCAGCGUGGCGAUAUUAAACCUACAAGAAAAUAUAGAUCUCUAGACCGAACAGUGUGGUUGUUAUUUAUUUAGUAUUAAUGUCUAUCCUGAUAUUCGGACCAAAAGAAUUUAUUUAUUGAUGAGAUGUGGAAUUGCAACGAAAUAGUGAGAUUUUUUGAUUUCGGAAAUAUCGCCAACUGUAUCCAGAUUGUUGAUCUAUAUAAAGGCCUUAUCAAAAAAGCUUAAAGCCCGUCAAAACACUAUAAAAUUGGCCCUUGGCAUUGCUGAAACCAACGAUCAUGCAUGUGGUAUAUGUCAAAGUAUAGCUGUCUGUUGAAAAUCUACGGUAUUAAAAUCAUACACCAAAGAUAAGUCAAACGACAAAUUACAUGUUACUAUAUUAUAUAGGCCUACUAUGUCUUUCAAUGAGCGCUGUUUAGUAGUGUUCACCACCCGCUUUAUAAAUUUUGUAAACAGCUUUCGUUUUGACAUGAAUAAGCUUUAAUUUUUUGCUGUAUAUGCAUUCUUAAUAAUACAAGUGAAAUUUAAAUUUUUGCUUUGACUUUGUGAAAUAGAAUACCGUUAUUUUUUAAUGGACAGCUUGCAUCGUCUAUAUCAUAUCCAGGAUUGCUUUUGUGUAAACGCAUUAUUCAGUAUAAUUAUGACACUAUCAAAUAAAUAUAAGUAGUAAAUGAUUAAUGAAUUCACAAUGAAAACUUUAAAAAUGUUAGUAGAAGUAGGCUAGAAAACUCCAAAAUUUAUGUCUAUUCGUAUGAUGCCAAUGACGGUCUGUGCGCAUCUGACACUGUAAAUUUGUGAUAUAGAUUAUAGUAUGUUAACACAAUAUAAUGAUUAAUAGAGACCAAAAAAAGGCUAAAGUCUUACUGUAAUUACCGAAUACAAAUUAUGUACUAAAUCCAGAUAAACCAAUGACUGAAAUUUCCUCUAUACUUAUAGACAUUUCUCUGUUCGGCUAUUAUCAAAUGUUUACAUUUGCUAAUAUUGGGUCAGUCCUAGACAAUACUGUUUCUUUUAAAAAUCGUAUAAACAAGACGCGUAGUAACAAGUGACGUGAAUCGGUACAAAGCGUAUCAACGUUUACAAGAAAGGACGAAUGUAUUUUAAAAACAUUACAAUAUUAAAAGGUUUGUUAUAACCGUGCUCGACUGUGAAGAGAGCAACGCAUUGAAUAACAACACGAGAGAGCACGUACUGCGAGUAACGAUUUGCUUUGUUUCUUGACUUGACUGUAAGUAAGAAUGAAAGAAUGUUCUUGUAAAUUCAAAGUAAAGAAAAUAAACAAAAAUUAGCAAGUAUUUUGAACAUAAUAAUUCGCAAAAUUUAUGUUUUUAACGAAUAUUCCACUGGAAGCAUGUUUAUGUAAUUCGAUACUUUCCCCACACCCCGGCGCUAAAUUUUUCCAGGCGCUAAAUUUUUGAUGAGGCACGUGACCAGCCGCAGCCAGGGUCUUUCCCAAAGAAAGAUCCUGGGUACGCGAGGCAGUAAAACACUCCUGCUCGUUUUUUAAAUGGUACUUCAAAAACGUUUGCAUAAUAAGUCAAAUCUUUAUAUAAAAAUCUUUAUAUAAAAACAUUUAUAUAAAAAUCUUUAUAUAAAAAUCUUUAUAUAAAAAUUUUAUAUAGUUUGCAUAACAAUGGUCUUUUGUUAAAGUGUUCUUUAGCUGGUAUAAAGACGUAUGCACGUGACUAAUUUCUUACUCAAGAUUGGAUAAUUGCUUCAUGAAUUAUUAAUGAGUUUUUGAAUACUUUUUAACAACCAUUAUGUAGUUAGAUAUAUUGUGGUAAUCUCAAAUGCGUGAUUUUGAUUAAUCGACUUUCGCGCUGAAUGUAUUUAAUUACCAACAACUGGCCUCAUCCAGUAUAGUUUGUUGUUUGGGAAUCACGUCCGUGAAAUUUAGGUCAAUAAAUUAAACCUGGUUUGUUUGGAAUGUUUCCUUUUAGGUGGAAAUACAUUUCUAUCGCAAGUGCCACCAUACCAGUCCAGGAUCAAGAGUGAGUAUACUGUAUACUUGUUAGUUUUAAAUUUAAGAUUACAUGUAUAACUAGGAAUACGUGCACGCAGCAACCCCUUGCUUAAACUUUCCACACAUUGUUUUAACCUGAAGUAUUAGUAAUUGGACAACAUUGAACGCAGGCUCGCGUUUGAUGUCUAGUGUAAUAGCAACACGAUCAUUUUUAAAUAUUUAAGUUCGUUAUAUUUUCUCUUAUGCGCAGACGACGUGACGUGAACAAUUGAAUACGAAAAUCUUGUCUUCCGUACGGCCAGCUUCAUAAGAUUGCUAAUUAUAUUCCAUUUUUUUCCAGGCACUUUCAAUAAUUAUGGGAAACAUUUCAUUAUUGGGUUUACAGCACCACAUUACACUUAUCGAUAUUAUGACUAUAUUGGAGUAUCCAUUCUUGCUCCCUACGACACAAACGUAACGAUCUUUGGUACUCAGUCAAGCAAGCCGUGGAACAACACUGUUUAUAUUAAAGAAGGAGAAAGUUUUGAGUAUAAACUACCGAUUUCACUGCGAAUGAAGAAAUCGAGAUACCUCCAGAAUGGUAUUGAAAUUUCAUCAACGAGAGAUAUUUCAGUAGUGUGUUUAAAUUAUCAACAGUAUGUAGGAGAUGCGGACGGAUACUUGGCUUUACCAACCAAUAAGCUAGGUGUAGUUUAUGUUGUUGCAUCAUAUCAACCGUAUGAUUCGGGCGAUAGAGCGAAUAUCGCCUUAAUAUCUGCACAUAACAACAACACGGUUAUUGUUCUUCCCAACAAGAAUGCUGUCAUAUACUAUCGCGGUCUCAGGUAUGAUGGCAGUACAUCGCUAUUAUACAUUACCCUGCUCCUCGAAAAACUUGAAGCACUGUACAUUUCGGGUUCAUCCGAUUUAUCUGGAUCAAUAGUUAUCGCAAGUAAACCAGUGUCUGUCAUAUCUGGCAUAGACCGUGUACGUAUUUCAGGAUAUUAUGACGCUUUUCUGGAGACAUGUCUAUUACCGGUAUCAUUGUGGGGAUACCAGUACCUCUUAACAACGGUUGGAAUGUUGAAUAGAAAACAGGGGGAUAUUUUUCGAGUCUUUGCGUAUGAAAAUAAUACUGUCGUUGAAAGUGCGUAUUGGACCAAAGUUUUGUCAUCCGGGAUGUAUGCAGAGUUGAUAUUAGAAAAAAAUCUUGCAUCAUUUGUUAACUGUAGUAAACCAUGUCAAGUCGUGCAAUACAUCAGAGGCAAGUCAAUUGGCGGUAAAUACGCUGACCCUUCAAUGAUAGUUUUACCGUCAGUAAGCCAGUUCCUUUCUUUCUACCGUGUGGUACUUCCUUAUGGUUCGGCAUAUCAUGAUUCCAUUACUAUAGUGAUUGAAAAUAAACAUGUAGAAGGUUUAUAUAUGGAUGGGCUUAAACUGAAUCGCUUGGAAUGGAAAAGUAUAAAUGGAACACAUUAUGUAUGGACGAUAAUAAGUUUAUCCGACCCAGAUGCUGUUACAGUCUAUCAUACUUCUUCGGCAGCAAAAUUUGGUCUAAUUGUUUUUGGUUGGAAUAGUGCUUCUUCUUACUCGUACCCUGCUGGCUUUGGUUUUAAUAAUUAUUCAAAUGGUAAGUCAUUUUAUUUGAAGUUAUUGUGUGCAUGAUUUUCUUUACAAAGUGUUUCAAAUCUUACAUUUAAUAUACUGCGCAGGUGUCUUUUUUCCUCUAUGUCAGCGAAAUGGUCCCUUUUCCUCUAUGUCAUACAAUCAUGAUAGCUGCGCUGUGAAGGAAAUAAAACUACCUGAUUAAUGUAAACAGAUCUUCGACGUUUCAAGCGAAUUCUCUUCGUCAGGAAGUUAGUUGACAAUAUAGCGUUAACCCACCUUUGAACAAUUGGGCCCAAGAGGAUUAUAUGUCUAACCAUUCAAUAGGAUUUUUAUUAAAUGACAAACAUGAAAGAAUAAUUUCUAUGUCUUUUUUGGAAGGAUUUGCAUGUACUUGUCGUUGUGAACGGCAAAUUAUUCUCUUCGUCAGGGAGUUAGCUGACAAUAUAGCGUUAACCCGCCUUUGAACAACCGGCCCCAAGAGGAUUAUACAGUAUGUCUAACCAUUCAAUAGGAUUUUUGAAUCUACUGAUUUUCAAUCAGUAGCUGCAUUGUCAGGAACAGAGGUAGGUAUAUGUCGGGAAAGGCGCAUUUGAUGACAGAUUGAUGACGUAUCGAUGUAAUGCAUUGCGAGCAUAAGACGAAAGUCGGUUAUCUAUAGUUAGUUCCGCUGUUGUCCAUAAAUGGUUUUGUAAAUAACACGAGUACUCAAUAAAAUGGUUUUGUCAAUAACGCGAACGGAGUGCAAUACGAAGAAUGCCGUAUAACUGCGCGAGACGAUGACGACUUUGUAUCAUAUCUUCGGUUCAGUGCACAAAAGUUUUAGUCAUUAUCAAGCGAGAUCGUAUCAAUAACACGAGUACAAUAAAAUGGUUUUUCAAUAUAAACACGAGUACAAUAAUGAUUGAGUCGCUUUCUUUUGUUAUUCAAGACAUAUCUAGCGUAAUUACUCGUCCAUCUCAAAGCCCGAGGAGGGAUUUGAUUUUCAGCAGGGAAGAGCGGGGCUGAUAUAUGAAUUUGAAUUGCUCAAUACACACAUGAGGAGGUAUAUAUCUAGUUAAAUACCUCAUGAAUAGCUUAAAACUGGUAUUUAUCUAGAUAAAUACCUCGCUAAACUAUUCAUGAGGUCUUUAGAUAUAUACCUCAUGAAUAGUUUAAUGGUAUAUUAUACCGAACCUUUCAAAAAUAAGUAGAAAACAAAUACCAUUCAAUUAACUUUUAAUUUCAAAACACAACUUUUGAUAACUUUACAUUUAAAAAAGUCGAAUUUCCCGCUCAAGCGUGGUAUUCGAAGUCGAAUACCAUGGCCCCGGGUAAAACACCCAGGGUUCAAAUUGCCUAGGUCAUAGUAUUCGCUGAAAAAUACCAUGGUCAUGUGGUACAAAUUUAGUUCUCUGAUUGGACAAGCUCAUUGUGAGGUAUAAUAUAACUAGAUAUAUACCUCAUGAAUAGUUUAAUGAGGUAUUUUUCUAGAUAAAUACCUCAUUGAAACUAUACUCAUGACAUAGAAUAAGAAAUGAAUAGAAGGGCAACUCACGUGUACAACGCGUAACCAAUUUUCAGUGCGCACGCGCGGGAUUCUCAAGCUCGCAGUCAGUAAAGCCAGUCAGUGCAAUAGGGAUUUGUAUUACGAAAUGUACAUUUUGAUCACAAAAUCGACUAUUUUUCGGAAACAAAGGAUUGGAAUAUCAAACUACUACAACUGCCUGCAGAGGCAAUGUAAGCCUUAAUUAUUAUUGUGGUUAGCAUAGAAAGAAACGAAUAUUUAGGGAGAAAUUUGAUAUUGUUGUGUGAGCUACAGUCCGAAUCUGAAUGAAAUGCCGACAGUCGAUCGCGUAUACUGUGUUAUUAUUUCGAUUUUCGAGGUUUAUGUCAAAUCUUAUCAGUACAGGUUUUGGAUUGCAUCAAAUUUUAUUUAAAAAAGUAUAAAUUUCAAAGUCACGAGCAAUUAAUCAAAUUUAUUUCGUGCGGGAAGUUGUCUGUCUGUGUCUGACAUGUUGAACUACAAAUACAAACAAUAUCAGAAAAUGAUGUUAUUUAUUUAUGUAAUUAAAAUAUCAUGAUUAUGAAUUAAUAAAGGAAUACCGAAUGGUUUUCCGUGCAGGAUUGCGUGAUCCGUGCACGAAGGAUGUUGCGAGACUUUCGGAAAGCGUAAAAAUACACGAGCCGUAGGCGAGUGUAUUUUUACGCUUUCCGAAAGUCGAGCAACAUCCCAAGUGCAUGGAUCAUGCUAUCCUGCACGGGAAAACCAUUUGGUAAUUGUUUUAUAAAAUUACUACAGUGAAACGACGCUUAACUUGAUUAAAAUUACUGAUGAAAUGUGCAGUUCUCGCAACAUUCGUGAAUUAACCAAUCAGAGAAUCGCUACUCCACGCUAUUGAAAACAACAACAUGUGUGAACAGAAUUUGAUCGCAAAUUCGCGAAAGUAUACAGCGAAAAUACAGGGACUUUUUCGAUAAAAUAUACGAAAUUUGAAAUGGAAAACCCGCUAAACAGACAGUCAAAGUAGUAGUGAAGAUUCUCCAGCUGAAUAUGUGAAGAUUGCGAAGCGUUUGAUCUACUUUGAAGCGAGAGAUGUUGUACUUUCAUGCCAUGGUCUGAUGAAUUUCAACGCUUACGCGUUGCUACUUGCUGAAUAGCAAUGUAUCGAUCAGAAAUUUAUUCGUACAACUAAACCAACGUCUCAAUAAUUGGAAACUUACUUCAAAGUCGAAAGAUAUCGUACAAUGAAACUUUACAAUGCGAGUAUAUUUGUAAAAUUAUAUGCAAUAAUUUCUGUUCAGAAUUUCCCGUGCAGGAUUGUCUGAUCCUGCACGGCUGUUGACCAAUCAAAUUGCGUGUUUCACUGUAGUUAUUAUAUAACAUUCAUUCCUAUUACUACAAUAUUACUUCGAAGACAUAGAAUUUUUCCAAUAAAUAAACCAAACUAUCAUAUGUUAAUAUAUUGUACUUUAUACUUUGUAAGUAAACAACAUGUAUUAAUACGUUUAAAUUUCGCAUUUAGCAAUUCUUUAACAGCUCAUAACCAACAGAAAUGUAUCACUAACCUUCAAAUUACAACCAGCGGCCGUGGUUUGUAAUUUGAAUCGUUCGUUUGCGAAAAAUAGUCGAUUUAUUCAGCCAAAUGGCCAUUCAGCAAUACAAAUCUCUAAUAAUUGACUGGCUUUACUGGCUGCGAGUAAUUAGAGCGGGCAAUUUCCGGUGUGCGCGAGGCGACAUGCGCGGCUUCAAAAACUUCGAAGGUUCCGACGCGAGUUGCCCUUCUAUUCAUUUCUUAUUCUAAGCUCAUGAUGUACUUAUCUGGGUAAGUACCUAAUGAAAGGUUAGUCUCUUUCCCAACUCGAUAAAACCGUCUCCAGUCGGGAAAGAGACAACAGCCGUGUAGCUCAGAGCCCAUCAAAACUCUACCAUUAGGUAAGACUAGAGAGGUUAACAUACCCCGGUUCCGGUUUACGGGUACGAGUAUCGCCAUUUUGUUUAUCAAUUUUUGCUGAUGUCAGCAAUUUUACCCGUAAUUUCUACCCGUUUCCCCGCGGUAAACCAUGGUCUACACGUAAACGACAAACGGGUACGGGUGUUUUCUGUUUACUAUUUUUGGGCCAUUUAAACAGUACAAAUUUUCAAUAUCUUACCCAAAUAAAUAAUGCACAUAUACUGGUCAAAGUUUUCAACAAUUUAUGGCGAACCUCAACAGCGAAAGUUGCCAUUCUCUAAUCGGUUUUCUGACGCCGAAGUAUCUUGGAUUGCUUAAGUUACAAGUUAUUCUCCGAUUUACGGGUACGGAUACGUGUAUCGUACCCGUAAACCGGAAUCGGGGUAUCUUAACCUCUCUAGUAUCUAUCAUUCGGCGCACGAGGACUAGCUGGAUCAACCAUCGAACUUGCUUGUGCAGGGAAUUUAUACAGUAACAUCUGCUCUUUCGAUUGUGGGACGUGAAAUGAUAUACUGCGCAUGGUUAACCGCAGGGGUUUUUUUCAGGGAUUUUUUUGUGCCGUUAAACGUCCCCAAAAACUCAAUCUUGAAUUGAGUUUUGAAACUCAAUCUUCUCACCAAAGUUUCAGUGCAGUAAAAAUGAAGUUGUUUGAGUUAAAUUUGUGACGUGUGGAAAUUAGUUUUCAGUUGGAAACCCGACAAUUAAGAAAAAAUGGCUGGAAUUCAUCUCACAACACAAGAAAAACUAUGAAUUCGCCAUCUUUAGCCAGUUUAUAGUGUCCCUUAGUGCCCCUGCUUUAACACUUUCCGUCUCAACUACAUUUAUUGAGUACAAGUGUUGAGCCCCCCGGUAGGAGGGGGGGGGGGGGUGCAGCCGCCCCAGCUAUUCAGCUAAACUCAAUCUUCUCUGCAAAAACGGACCCAAGAGAAAAUCCUGAAAAAAACCCUGGUUAACCACAUUUUAAAGCGUAUAUAGUGCGCAUACUCAGCUUUGUGUUAUGUCCCACAAGCGUAAGAGCUGUUUUGUGAAUAAACUCCAGAUCAUGAAAUAAGUUAGUUAAACACCUCGGGCGUCGGUAUUUAGUCAUAUACAUCCCUCGGGCCUACGGCCCUCGGUUAGACUUUCCAAAGUCCUUUCCAGGCCCUUUUAUGGCGCUCUUCACUUCCUCUGUGGAAAGGACUUUUGUCACUUGCAGCGCGCCAAAUAUCACCGGUGGAAAAAUCCACCGGUGACGUCAUUAUUUACAUUGAAGGCCGAAGCGGUUACAUUAUCGGCCAUUAUCGAAGGAGUCUAAAAAUAACACUAUAUUCUCAGGCUUUUUGUUGAACAAAUGUGUAUUAUUGAAGCAAACAGAGUAAACAAUGUAAUUACAAUUUUGUAGAACACAAAAACCAUGUGAAAAUAUAAACAAACAUUAAUACAUUGAGUAUAAUGUACAGGGUGUAGAAAUAAACUUUAAUACUGCCAUCGAAGAUGCAUCUGAUGAUUCUAAGGGACCGGUCAUUAUUUAUGGCGGGGGGUGGCACCGAAGAGAAAAUGGUUGGGUAAACUAAAUUUUGAGUAAGUAAAAGGUUGGGUAAAUGAAAAACAAAACAACUCAAGGGUUGGGUAAUAAAAAGUUAUAGUCAUAUGUUAAUACAAUAUGUGAAUCAAUCAGUCACUGUCUUGAUCAUUUUCCAAUUUGUUAGAAGACAAAUGAUAUCUUCAAAGAAAGCACAUGUGCAGACAACAUGAUACAUUAGACUGCAGCAAAUUUCACAAGCAGUUAUCAAACUUCUCAGUGUCACAGAAAUCGGGUAAAGGACAUAUGUGACAACUGAAUGGUAAUCUUUUGUAAAGUUUAAUUUUGGCCAGCGGUGGGUAUUUAUUUUUUACUUGAUAUUUGAGGUUGGGUAAUCAAAUUUUUGACUUUUUAAUGGUUGGGUCAGCAAAAUUUUUGCUACGAAAAACAUUUCUCUUCGGUGCCACCCCCCACCAUAAAUAAUGACCGAUCCCUAAAAUUUCCUCACUAGUUUCGGGUUUAGUUUGGGUUUCUUGAUCUCGAUUACUGAUUAUUACAAAUUCGUCUGCUGAGAAAACAAUGCGUAUUUUUACUGGAUUUUGAACUCUUGCGACGUCUUCUAGUUGAUCACAAUCGCCGCCUCAGUGCUUCUUGGUUACAGUUGUAUGAUUCUUUUCAAUUAGAUUAACUUCUACUACGUUAAAUCGCUGGCGAACUGAAUCAACUUUCUAUAAUACGUCUAAUAAAUUAUUAUUCUUGUCGACACGAUUACGGUACACAUUGUUAGACAAACAACUGUCCAGAUUCAAUACGUUUUUACAUGCACUUGUUUCUGUUCAUACAUUAAUAAUAAUAAUAAUGAUCUUUAUUCAUGAAUAAUUAAAUUACACGUUAGCCAAAGCCAGAGGCUUAUAUGGCUAUAUAAAUGGACAGCCAAAUUUUCUAAUUACAUAAUUAUUAAACAAGCUUUCGGUGCUUACUUGGGUCACUUAUUUCGUUUCCACACUUGGUGCAAAAUGUUUCAUUCGACGACAAAGAAAUAUCAAUUCUUGAAAAUGUUUUUGUAGACCAAUUGUCGGCGCGGUGAAGUAAUUGUAUAAAAUGUACACACGCUUGUAUGUCAAAAUUAUUCGCGCCAAAAUUUUAAAUGCGAUUUAAAUUCCUGCAAGCGACACAAGUCGACCACUCGCGACUUCGUCGCUCGGGUCGCGCGCUCCCUCUCCCGCGCCCUCCCUCCCCCAUGGUCGACUUGUGGCAAGUCUAGCCCUCGGGAUGUAUAUGACUAAAUACCUCCGCCCUCGGUGUUUAACUCUAACAUACAACUGCGUGAGCGGAUGACGACUUUGUAAAAGUUCAUAUCUUCGACGGGUACUCAAUAAAAUGGUUUUGUGAAUAACACGAGCGGAGUACAAUACGAAGAAUGCCGUAUAUAAACUGCUCGAGAGGAUGACGACUUUGUAUGUUCAUAUCUUCGGUUCAGUGCACAAUAGUUUUAGUCAUUAUCAACAUUGUAGCGAUUGUAGGCUUUGAAAGUCAAGUGAACUGUCUGAGAGUCUGAACUCUUUCUCGACGACUUUGUACUAUGUUCAUAUCUUCGGUUCAGUGCUAGGUUAGUUCAGUGCAUGCUUCAUUCGAAUCAGUGAAACAAUAUCAACUAAUUCCUCACAAUUGUUUAAGUACUAUUUAAAGCACGCGUAGUAGUGUUUUUUUUUUUGUAAUGAAAACAAUGACUCAUCUUAUAUGAGUUCAUUGGCGAAAUAAUUUUUAAAAUAAACUUUGUCUAAACCGAGAAAAUCAAAGCUAAAGUUUAUGUAAAUGAACAUGAUUUUUUAUCACAUAUAAAGAUAUGACACGCUUAUGAUUUUUCUUUGUGUUUUCCUCCUGAAUUAUUAAUGAGUUUUGUAAGUCAUUAUCAACAUUGUAGCGAUUUAUGGCCUUUGAAAGUCAAGCGAGAUCGUAUAUUAUCAAAUUACGCAAUGUCUGAACAAAGAUAUAACUUCGGCCCCGUAUCUUCAUUGCAAUAUUCUUGUUCGAAUCAUUAUCAAUAACUACUGUGUGGAGUGUUUAUAUUUUCGAGAUUGUAUUUUCAAAUUUCUAUCUUUUAGUUUUAUCACGGUAUAUAAAAAUUUCCGAUUUGAGCUGACUGUUAGCUAACAACAACAAUAAACUUGCAAUCCCAACCGGAAAUACAAUUUUAAAACGUCAACAAUGCGACGUUUGCACGUUGUGCUUGUGUUAUGACUUAGAUUGCAGAUCUAUGCUUUUAUCUGCUCAAUGCCUUUUAUUUCCCAGUGCUACUAUUCUAUUCAGUAGAUGCAUAUCCGCCACAGCGGACCUAUGUUCAUUAAAUGACAAACAUGAAAGAAUAAUUUCCAUGUCUUUUUUGGAUGGAUUUGCAUGUAUUUGGCGUUGUAAACGGCAAAUUAUUUUAAACGAAACGAGAACAACAACAAAACAAGUUACGACUUGUAUACUAAAUUAGGAACAACCAUCAUCCUUUAAUCUGACUGGAUAAAAUAUUACAAAUACAAAAACCUGUCAAUCAAGUUUUUUUGUUUUCUUUGAACUGCUUAAAAAAGACAAAAACAACUGCAUGUCCAACAAGAAAGCUUCAGCUUUGUACGAGCAUAAUAUUUUACGUUUAAACGUUCCAUUUACUUCAAAAACAUAUAAUUAUUUUUGUUUAUGGAAACACCACGUAAGUUUAUUACUGCAUAGCUUUCGAUCCGCACGCCCGGAUCUUCAUCAGUGCAAAAUAAUAUGUGCACUGAUGAGGAUCUGGGCUUGUGGAUCGAAAGCUUUGCAAUAAUAAAUUUACGUGGCGUUUCCACAAACAAAAAGUAUUAGCCUAUAUGUUUAUCGCCGUGUAAACCUGCAAAGAACUUAUUACUUCAAAAAUGUUCAAGUAAGUUGUCAUGAUUUGUUUUCGUUGAAAAACUAUUUUUUGAAAUACAUUUAAAAGCUCGAGCUUUUUUUAUAGCAUUUUUGUUACAUUUUGCUCAACAAAUUUAAGAAUAAAUAUGAUCGUGUUCUCAUGACCUUAUUUGGUAAAAUCACGUCAUUGUCAUAUAAUAAAUAUAUUUUAUUGAAUGGUUUAAUAUAUUCGGCCGAGUAAUUUUACGAACAUAUUUCUCCGAGCCAGCGAUAAAAAAUGCGAUGAACGAUAAAAUGGUCGGCAGGAAUAUAAUUAUUACAAACUUAAAAAAAUAGAGUCCUUGUUAUUGGACGAAUUACUGCACUUAGCGGUGUAAACAGUAAAGAAUUUCUUAUGCGAUAGAAACAAAAAUGGACAGGUUGCGAUGUUGGGUAAGAAAUUAGGAACAAUUUAGCAAUGACGUCAUCGUUCUUCAAUUUGAUUGGAUAAAAUAUCGCAAACAAAGAAAAGCUGUCAAUCGAGUUUAAUGAACCAACUAAAUUUUCUUUUGCUACAAACUUUUAAGUUUGCCUAUUUUGAGUAGAUUAUAAAGUGCCGAUUAAACGUUAUUAUAAUAUAAAAGAGAAUUAAAUGAAGAAAAUGUACCUCAAAACGACAGAUUUUUAUUCUAAAGAGUGAAGAUUAGCAUCAUUUUCCGCAACCUGAUUUAGAGACGUCUCUAUUAUAAUAUUACUACUGCAGUUCUCGUUUGUUCGAAAUACAAGGUAUAUUCGCGAAACGUUUUAAAGUUAUAUUUGCUUCAAAUUGUUACGGGAAUUGGAUUUAGAAGUUCGAAUAGCAAACACCCAGUGUCUUGUCCGUGAUAAACAAUGUUGUCUUUAAAGGACAAUGGCAACAAAAUUUGUGAUUGUCUAUAUUAAAAGUUGUUGCUUCAUCUAACUAUUGAUAUGAAAUUAAUACCGUGUCAAACAGUUUUGUUCAGGAGUUAUAUGUAUGUUAUUUCACUGUUAAUAAAUUUAUAUAUCGUCCGCCAUCUUGGCUCAUAAUCCGGAAAAAUUAUCUUUUGGGUAACAUGAUCUGUAUGACGUAAAUGGCAGGGUAGCGUGUAUCGAGAUUUAAUACGUUUUCUAAAAAAAUGAAUGCUUUUGAGUCAUUGUAAUGGAAAAUAUUCGAAUUCAUGAGAACCAAGCUAAGUAGGCUGGCGAAGUGUUAUCAUACCAACAUGAACCAGAAGUAUAGGAGAAAAAACAAGCAAUAUUUUAAUUUUGAGAUAGGUAUUAAAUAGGACCGGCCUCUACAUGAUGUAUCUUGGACCUCAACCUCGUCCCCAGGGCCUUUUGAGGAAGGAAGCGAAGGGCAGCAAAGGCCCUGGUAAAGGCUGGUCACGUGAUACUUCAAAUUUUGAAUAUUUCAGAAUAUUUAACUUUUCAAACCGGGGGUGCGGGCCGCUUUGAUUUUAACGCUUGAAUUACAUCUCAGAAACUGUGUUGGAAAUUUAAAUGCUGAUCCAUUACAUAUAGAUUACCGUUUUACAUCGUUGUAUAAAACAUUUUGAUCGCAUGUAAUUAUUUCUCAGCCCAGAGACAUAGCCCAAAGACUUGACAUGGACGUCCUUGUAAUUUUAUAGAGAUAGAUCCAGAACUAAGGAUAUUAGGAGGAAUUAUCUGCAUGUACCUUCUCAAAGUUGUAGACAAGAUAUAUUGUUUACGUCCAACACGCAUAAGAUUGCGUAACUCAAAAAGAUUCGAGCAAAACCGGUCAUUUGUUAAGAGGAAGAAUGGUUAAUAGAAAUUGGUCCUUUUGAGUGACAUAAUCGUGUAUUUUCAUCGCGCGAUCCCUGUCGUUUAACAAUGAAAAACUUUGCUGUGAAAUUAGUAAAACGGAGUUUAAAGUGGGAACUUUUCGGAUUUGAACUCAGCGUGUUCGAAAGUGUUAGUUCCUGUAAAAAUAUUUCAGAUCUAAGAUAAGCUUAAUGAAAAUCGUUUUCUAGGCACUUUUUGAGGUCACAACACACGGACUAUUUCAAAGAUUUCAAAGUUGACAGCCAGUGAAUUCUGACAAAAGAUUCUAAAAUGCUUCGUCUGAGGCUGGGGUGCCUUACGAUAUUAUUAUCCACUGCAACAUUGUUCCAAUUCGUUGAAUGAUUUUUGUAUUUAAUAAUGAUACUAACACUACUUUGAAACAUUAAAUACUCAGUAGAAUUUUUUAUUUCAAUGCAAAUUAUUUUUAUAUUUCUGCAACAGAGCAUGUAUGCACGUACAUACAUACAUAAAUGUAUACAGCUAUUUCAAUUAAGGUUGUCCUCCGAGCAAAGCGGAAAAGUCGAAUACGAGCGGGAAAGGCUGCUGGGAAUCGCUAAUAAAUUCAUUCAUUUAUUAGUGAUUCCCACCAGCCUUUCGCGCUCGUAUUCGACUUUUCCGCUUUGCUCGGGGGACAACCUUAAUUGAAAUAGCUGUAUGCUAUACAUACAUACAUACAUUUGGAAUAUAUGUAUGACAUGUACAGCAAAACUACUCAAUAACCGGAGUCAAUGUCUAAGCGUGUAAUAUAUUCAGUAUUGUUUAUAAUAUAUUCAGUAGAUUUGUAUGUUUGUAAUUACAGUAUAAAUACUAGUCUCAUUAAAUGUUUAUAGUCGUUUGUGCUUAUACUGUUAAUACACGCGUUGUCUGUGAUUAUUAUCACAUUGUGUCAGGGGUAGAAAAUGGAGAGAUUUGUAAGGCCGCCGCCUGAGAUGAAUUUCUCAGACAUAGAACAGAACAGAUAGAUCUUGCUGAUGCUUUUCAAUAGAUAAUCGGACAGGACGGCCGCGAUAUCUACAAUACGAUGGCGUUUACAGAGCGUGAAGUCAACAAAAUUGAUAUCUUGCAUGUUCGCUAAAUUUGAAGAGUAUUGUAAGCCGAGAAAAAACAUUAUCAUGAAAAGAUAUAAAUUCAAUCCUCGAGUCCAACGAAAAGACGAGACAGCCGAUCAAUAUGUUACAGAAUUGAAGCUCAUUGCGAAGAAUUGUAAUUUUGGCAGCUUAGAAGACGAGUUAAUUCGAGAUCGCUUUGUGUAUGGUACCAACUCGGAGCGAAUAAAAGAGCGACUAUUACGCGGAGAAGAAGAAUUGACUUUGGUCAAAGCUUUAAUUAAAGAUUUGUCGGGCAGAUGAACAGUCUAUACAGUAACAAACAAUUAAAAGCGAUGAAUGGAGAAAACGAAGUCCAUACAAUUAGCCGAAAUCAUAUUGGGGGCGGGAAACUCGUCUUAAGGCGGAUUUCCAGUCCUCGCACGAAGCUCCUCGUAGCUCGCUGCGAGUGCAUGCAUGAGCAUUUUCAUCCAAUCACAAUGCUAAACAGUUAAUUUUAAUUAGAUGUAAGCACUCGCAGCGAGCUGCGAGGAGCUUCGUGCGAGGACUGGAAAUCCGCCUUUAGACGGGAAACUCGUCUGUCAAAACCCGUCUGAAUAUGAAUUUAGGGACGGAUAAAUUCGAAUUUAAGACGAGUUUCCCGUUCAGAGGGGAUUCCGGUCUAACUUUCCCAUCCGUUUGGACGAGUAAGUUAGACGGGAAAGUUCAGACGGGAAACUCGUCUGCCCCCGGAUUCAUAUUGGACUAGUUUCCCGUCUAAGACGAGUUUCUUGUCUAGCUCUAAUAUGAAUUCAGCUAACUAGAAAACACAUGCAUGCAGCAACUCCUCGCCUUUCUUAACAGAUGAAGUAUAAAAACUCCACAUAAAGCAGCCUAGACCUAGGCCUUCUAGUCUUAUUUAUAUUUUUUAGUAUUCAGCGGUUUUUCACAUGAAAAGACUGGGACUAGGUGAUUUGGGGGCGGGGCGAAGGAAGCAAGCCUAGAAGGCCUAGUUGAUUUCCCAACAACAAGGCCAAAACUGCCCUGAAACUGCCCUGGUUGCGAAAUGCCCAAUUAUUGCGUUCUCAAACAGAAUUAUUUGCAACUUAACGGCGAAUUUAAACCGAUACAGGUAAAAUAAACUCAUUUAUAGUAUAAACUUACUAUUUUUAUUUGUAUACACGUCUAGAAAAUCGGGUUUUUAUCAUAAAGUUCGAAGCAACACUAUUAUUUAAUAUGUUGACAAGGUGUAGCGAAAGAACAAAAUGAGUCAAAAUAUAUACCAAAAGUAGAAUCUUUCAUGAAAUUUUGUCUUAUACACAAGUACAUUAAUAUAUAUUUUCUCAAUUUUGGCAAGAAGCAGUCUUGUGUUUGUAAAAUAUACAAAAUAAAACGGAUACAUAUAUUAUUAGCCCGUACAGUACUGUAUAUAAAAACGUACAUUGUUUAUACAAAUGGUAUAUCUGUAAUAUUUGAACACUAAUUUCAAAUUCCUCAUUCCCAAUUCGCAAAUAUAGUUAUUCAAAGCAAAACAGCUAGUAGAUUGUCUUGCGAAUAAAAGAAUUAUUAUUUUGUGCCGUUUCGCUACACCUUGUCAACAUAUAUAAAUCGAGAUAUAAAUAGUGUUGUUUCAAACUUUAUGAUAAAAAACCCGAUUUUCUAGACGUGUAUACAAAUAAAAAUAGUAAGUUUAUACUAUAAAUGAGUUUAUUUUACCUGUAUCGGUUUAAAUUCGCUGUCAAGUUGCAAAUAAUUCUGUUUGAGAACGCAACAAUUGGGCAUUUCGCAAUCAGGGCAGUUUCAGGGCAGUUUUGGCCUUGUUGUUGGGAAAUCCACUAGGCCUUCUAUAUUUUCGCUUGCGUCAGGCUUGUGUCCUUCCUCCGCCCCGCCCCCAAAUUACCUAGUCCCAGUCUUUUCAUGUGAAAAAGCGCUGAAUAUUAAAAAAAUAUAAAUAAAAAUAGAAGGCCUAGGUCUAGGCUGCACAUAAAGCAUUAAGACCAUUAUAAACAAACAUAAAAACACAACUGAUGCGCUAGCUUUAUAAUGAACGAUAACAUUCACCUCAAUUUCAUGCAUACCAACUUGCAUUAAAGAGAAUUAUCGGGUUAAGAACGGCUUAAAAAUUUCGCAGAUAUGAGUAAAACCGACAACACAAAGCAAGUACGGCAUGGAAUUUUACUACUGAAAUGUUUACACUUAUCCAAACCGGCACAACAACGAUUAAAUUAUCAACGACAUCAACAUCAAAACAUCUAAACAAUUAUUAUACACACUUUGUUUCACGGUUGAACAGCCACUAAUUCAUGAAACUGCAGGCUUAUUUCCAGUUAAAUAAAAUCAGGAUCAAAAACUGUGUUAUACUUUUGUAAACUUUUUAACGAAAUUUAAAACAAAAAUUGCUGUAAAACAAGGCCUACUCUGGGGCGGUAAAUCGCCUUAAAUCGCCCAAAAUCGCAUUAAAUCGCGGGUUAAAAUUUUCAAAUUUCUCUUUUUGCAAUCAAAAGUUGAAUGCAACAUGGAUAUAUCAAAUAAGUUAAUUAGGCUGACAAUAUUUGGCGACUCAAUAGGCACCGGUCAUUGAUAAAGACAGAGCCUUAAAUUUCUGCUUUAUGCAUGCAGACUUUACAAUAAUUAGGCAAUUCUGUGAUCUAAAAUUAGACCCAUAGAUCCCAAUCAUGCACUACCAGCAACAAAAUUCAGUUACUAGUUAAUUUCAUAAUUGCGGUGUGGUGGCUGGGCUACAAUUUAUAUGGACUAUGGAGGCUGGGCUACAAAUUAAUCUAUAAUAUACAUGGCUUCUCAAAGCCUAAUUGCUGUUAGAACAACAGUAGGAGGCUAUAUGAGAGUCAAUGCAUGAGUAUGAUUGUUGAUUUAUAUAAUUAUUAAUAAGUAAAUAAGGUCAUAAUAAGAUGCAAUUUGGGCACUGUUGCAUGUAGAUCGAGCACUGCAUUGUAUGGUUGUAGUACUUCGACAUGUGCACAGUUAUACUCUAGCUUCUAGUUAUAUCAAACGAAAACAUACGUGAGGUUUAUAUGAGCGAGAUUUGCAAGUUUUGCAACUCUCAACUAUUAAAUUUUCCAGACCUGUAUAUAAAAUAAACAGUAAAACAAUGAUUACAUCGUACAUACCAUACAAUUUUUGUUGUUUUUUGUUUUAAAUAACAAAUUUAUAUAUGACCUAAAACCACGAUGUAGUGUGCCAUUUGAUUAAUUUUUUAAAAUAAUUUAGAAUUCCUAUACCAUUUAAGUGCGAUAUACUUGAUGUAAACAUUACGGAAUUACGCCGACAGUUUCCGAAUGCGUGACGAUACUGUUUCUGGACAUAGCACUGGGAUAUCAAAAUUUUAUAAAACAUGUUUGUAUAGCAUGAAGAAAGCACGAGAUUGAAACAGUUUAAAUAAAAUGCAAGCUAAAUAAAGAAGUGUUGACAAGAUACAAAACAAGACAAUUUCACUUACAAGGGUGACAAGGUAAUUGAUAGGAUUAUAGCUUAUUAUUUAUUUACUGUAUAAAUACAUUGUGCGUUUCUACCCCCUGUGGGUUCUACCCCCUGUGGUUUCUACCCCCUGUGCUGUGGUUCUUUUGGAAAUCAAAUAUUAUAUUUUGCAAUUCUAUAUAACUCAACCUAAAUUACUAAUAUUAAUGUUUAAGACAUGUGUAGUUUAGUUAUAGGUUGGCAUAUUGCAAUUAUGUACCGUACAUGCCCCUUAUUAAAGUAGAGUAUAUUUAUUAACUGUUUACAAUAUUUUUGGUAUAUAAUGUAGCCAUGAAUGACCACAUGACCCCACAUGGAUGAAAAGUUCAUGAAUAUUUAGCUUUAUAUAUGAUUCAGGUUAAAUACAAUAAUUAUUAACCUAGCUUAAUAUUACUAAUGUACAUAUACAUGUUCUAAUAAUUGUAUUUUGCUUCAUACAAUGCAUAUGUGUGUGGAAACAUUACAUUAUUCAGCUCACUCGCUCCCCAUUGGGGCUUUUCAGUGACUGAUUACAUCAAGUAUUAUGAUUACUUAUGUUAGCCUAGACUGUUUGUCUUUACAACAAUGAGAAUAGGAUAUUACUUUCCUAACUGUGUGUAUCCUCACCCACGACCCUGCCAAUUUUGCCCUGUGGGAGGAAACCGGAACAAAAUACAAAAUUCAAUUACCUUGAAAACACCUAAAUUGCAAUCCCUAAAAUUUAAGAUUUUUUUCUUAAAUCGCCUUAAAUCGCAGUGCUUGAAAGCUCCGGUUUUUAAUUAAAUCGCCUAAAAUCGCCCAAAAUCGCAUCUCGAGGCGUUUAAGGCGAUUUACCGCCCCAGAGUAGGCCUAAAACAGCAAAAUACGUUCAAAGUACGUCCUUUCAAAAUGAAAAACAAUUACUUAGACAGAGCUUGUACUCGCGCAUGCGCAUAAACCGUCCAUGACAUAAACAAAAUGGAGGACAACUUUGCACUCUGCUAUGUUUUCACAUACUCUGGUAUAAUUAGCCGUGCGGAAUUAAUACCCUCGCACGGCGCUUCGCGCCGCCGGCUCGGGGAUAAAGAAACAAUUUAACCGCAUGGAAAGCCGGUGAAGACCAGAACAAGACAGACGGCAAGCGUAAGAAUGUCGCGAAGCGUGACGACAGGCAACAAGAAUUUAAAUGCAAAAAUUGUGGGAAGUCUCAUGCAUCGAAGCAGUGCCCAGCGUACGGGAAAACAUGUUUCAACUGUGGAAAGAAUAAUCAUUUUUCUAAAGUCUGUCGAGCGAAGAGGAAAGUAGAUCUCGUUGAACAAGAUAAAAGUAAAGAACAUUUGGACCCUUUGUUCAUCAGAGCGGUAAAUCAUUCAUCAAGCAAGAGCAACAACAACGACGAAGAUGAAUUUUUUAAAACACUCGUGAUGCAAGAGAAACAAGUACAAUUCAAGAUCGACACCGGUUCGCAAGCUAACAAACUCCCUGUAACAACGUUUAGAAGUUUAAAAGAUGUCCAGCUCGAGAUGACAGCAGACAAACUCACAAGCUACACGGGAGAACAUUUGCUGGUAUUGGGAUAAUGUUACUUGAAAUGUAAUGACAAAAUUUUGAAGUUUUUUGUUGUUGACACGAAACAAGUACCUAUCUUGGGUUUAUUACCUCGAAAGAUCUGAACUUAAUCAAGUUGGUUAUGAACGUAUCAAAGCGAGAAAAUACGACGGCGAAAUCUGUCAAUGAUAUGGCCAGUCAAUUUCCUAAAGUUUAUCAAGGGCUUGGUUGUUUGAAGAAACCCUAUCAUAUCCAAGUGGACCCAAAGGUUACUCCAGUUGUGAGCACACUGAAGAGUCAACUGGUAGCGGUGAGAAAACGACUUAAACAAUCCUUGGAUGAAAUGGAAGCAGAUGGGGUAAUCGAGAAAGUCGAUCAACCAACUGAGUGGGUGAAUUCUGUUGUAGUGGUAGAGAAACCUAACAGCAACAAGUUACGGAUUUGCCUAGACCCCAGGUCAUUAAAGGAAGCGUUCCAGGAGAGCACUACAAGAUGCCAACCAUUGAAGAAAUAACAACUCGUGUCGUAGGAGCUACGGUGUUUUCGAAGUUAGACGCAAACCACGGCUACUGGUAAGUUGUAUUAGAUGACGCGAGCCAGUUGUUAACAGCGUUUAACACGGAAUAUGGUCGAUAUUGCUAUAAGCGAAUGCCUUUUGGAAUUAAUUCCGCCCAGGAAGUGUUUCAGAAGCGUAUGAGCCAAUCAUUUGGUGAUCUCGAAGGCGUAGAGACCGACGUUGACGAUAUCUUAGUUUGGUGUACCACAACCGAAGAACAUGAUCAGCGUCUGAAGAAAACGCUACAGCGGUGUGAAGAAAUCAACCUUAUACCCUAAACCAGAGCAAAUGCGAAUUUGGUACAACUGAAGUCGUGUACAUUGGUCAUAAACUAACCGCACAAGGGGUGAAACCAGACAUGUCGAAAGUUGAUGCCAUCAACAAAAUGCCUUCACCUACUUGCAAGAAAGAUGAAGAGGGACAGUUGGGAAUGGUCAACUACUUUGCGAAAUUUAUCCCCAACAUGUCUACUAUCAGUGACCCAAUUAGAAUCGUGAUGAAGAAUGACGUGCAAUUCGAGUGGUGCAGCCGCCAAGAAGAAUCGUUUCAGAAAAUAAAAGAAAUCCUCACUGCUGCGCUAGUAAUAAUAGCUUAUUGCGACGUUCGCACAAUAACUUGCCAUGCCUCUUAAUCAGGCCUUGGAGCGGUGUUGUUACAGGAUUCAAAGCCUGUUGCAUAUACGUCAAGAGCCUUGACUGAUGCAGAAACGAGAUACGUCCAAAUCGAGAAGGAACUGCUAGCCGUAGUAUUUGGUUUCGAAAGCUUUAAUCAGUACACCUGUGCACGACCCGUGGAAGUCGUAUCAUAAACCACUGGAAGCGAUAACGUACCAAGAAACCUCCCCCGAUGGCACCACCUUGCCUACAAAGAAUGUUAUUGCGCCUACAAAGAUAUGACUUCAUCGCAAAGUACAAGCCUGGAAAAGAAAUGGUACUUGCAAACACUCUUUCCAGAGCAUACAUUCCAAACUCAGCCAGAUGAAAGCCACAUGGAAGACGAAGUCCAAAAUCAUACUCACUCUGUCAAUACCUGUCUCAACAGAUAAACUGGAGAAGAUUCGAGAAGAAACAUCAAAAGAUCCGACGAUGAUGGUUCUUUUGACGGUGAUUCGUAGAGGAUGGCCGCAGUCCAGACAACAGACUUCGCUAGAAAUCCACGAGUUUUGGAAUUAUCGGGAUGAAAAUGUCAGAGAUCGAGGGUGUCAUUAUGAAAGGAGACAGGAUUGUCAUAUCAUACGGUGUUACGAAGUGAGAUCUUAGCUCGAGUACAUGAUAGCCAUAUGGGAAUUGAGAAAUGUCGACGUCGAGCGAGAGAUAUCAUUUUCUGGCCAAAGAUGAACGAACAGAUCAACGACCUGAUAUCUAAGUGUGACAUUUGUCAAGAACAUCAGUCAUCAAACCCAAAAGAGGCAACGAUUGAAUCCCCAUUACCAAGUAGACCCUGGGAAACAGUGGCCACAGAUCUUUUUCGUUGGGAACAGAAAGAUUAUUUGUUAGUGGUAGACUACUACUACUCUCUUUAUGUGGAAGUUGCAAAGUUAGACGACACCAAAAGUCGAACAGUAAUUGUCAAUCACACCAAGUCGAUUUUCGCUAGACAUGGUAUACCAUCUAUUGUUCGAAGCGAUAACGAUCCGCAAUAUACAGCUCAGGAGUACAGCCAAGUCUCCAAAGAAUGGUUAUUUGAACAUCAGACAUCCAGUCCUUACUAUCCCAAGUGCAACGGUUUGGCAGAGAACUAAUAAUAAUAAUAAUAAUUUAAUACUUAUAGCGCGCAAAUUUACAUUCGAAUAUGAUCAAAUGCGUGUUACAAAGGAUAGAAUUUUAUAUAAAACCUAUAUUACAAGAGUAAAUUACAACGGGUUCCGUAUACUAAAAUAUAUAUGUACAAUGUAUAAAAUCAAUGUUAACAAGUAAAGUUAGGCAUAAGCGAUCCUCCUAAACAAGAAUGUCGGCUUAAAUAACGCCUUAAGUUUAUUAAAAUUCGUCUCAUGUAUAAUUUCUCGAGGAAGGUCGUUAAAUAGUUUCGGCGCUGCCAGACAGCUGUUCAGACAGUUAAAAGAUUAGUGACAAAAGCUAAAGCGGAUGGUAAAGAUCCUUAUUUGAGUCUUCUUGAAUAUCGGAACACACCAAUCGACGAUGUUGGUUCUCCAUCACAAUUGCUGAUGAGUCGCCGACUUCAGUCUAUUCUACCGACAACCACAAGUCAAUUACAACCGCAGAUUGUCAAUCCAAAAGUAGUUGAAGUGAAGCUAAGAAAUAAGCAAGAGCAUGAGAAGAGGUCUUAUGAUAUUGGAUCACCAGCUUUACCACCCUUGAAAGAAGGAAAAAGAAUCCGAGUACAAGUGCGUGAUUGAUGGAAAGAAGCCGCACUGGAUGCGAAAUUGUCUACUCCGAGAUCGUACAACCUUAGAACACCAAAUGGACAGGAGUUUAGAAGAAAUCGAGUUCAUAUCAGAAAACAAAACGAUCCAUUGAGGAAAGAGCUUUUCAUUGAAGAUGGAAUGGUUCCUUCGGAAGCCACGAUGAGCACUGAGACAACCGUGCAUGAUACAACAGUGCAGAGCGAGAUGUUAAAGCACAGAAGUCAAGAGUGUAGAAAAAGAUGUGGUCGAAUGAGCAAACCACCAGAACGGUUGCAAGCAGGAACUUGAGAAGUAAACAUUUAGAAGUAAAAUUUAGAAGGACACAAAGAAAGACUUUAUUCAAUCAUUAAAUUUACUUAUAAAACUUUAAGUAGGCUACCAAACUAUUAUAAAAAACGCAAAAAAGAGAGAAAUUGUAAUAUAUUCAGUAUUGUUUAUAAUAUAUUCAGUAGGUUUGCAUGUUUGUAAUUACAGUAAAAUACUAAUGUCAUUAAAUGUUUAUAGUCGUUUCCACGUGUUUAUACUGUUAAUACACGCGUUGUCUGUGAUAAUAUUACAAAGCACAUUUUAGGCUACAACGCAAAUAUGCGCUUUACUGUCGAAAACACAAUCACAGACCAGUGGUAGUAAGUUGCUACACAUUAUUGAACCAUUAAUACACGUUGCAAUAUAUCUGUAAUUUUUUUGUAAACAUUUUCUUCCAAUUCACAACGUUGUUACAGUAAAACUUAUUGGGAUUUGCGUUUACCCUGCCAUUUACGUCACCAAAUGUAUUCAUGCAUAAAUUAGCAUACGGAGCAUUUUCCCAAGAUGGCGAACGACUGUUAAAAUUUGUUAAACAUUUUCGCAAAUUUUCUGAACAACUAAAUGCAAUGGACAAACAAAAAUAUGAAAUUAAAUAUUCCAUUAGUAAGCUUAAUGAAUACAGGCAAUAAAAAAAUAUGUUGCCAUUGUCCUUUAACAGUGAAACGAUUUAAAAAAAGUAAAGUACUUGGAAAAUGAGAAAAGCGUCUAAACCUAGUAAGGGUUGCUGAUGCGCAAGCCACAAUUAUCCAAUCAGAAUCCAGUGUGUCUUGUAUAAAAUAAUUUAUAGCUAGUCAUGCUCUUCGCAAGAAGCAUGGCCAGGAAAUACAACACGCACAAAGAGCUACAGCUUACAAAGAGCACAGUUGGUUGGUAACAGCAUAAUGAUGCAACAAAAUUGCGCAAUAUUAAGAUACACAAUUAUAUAUGCCGAAUGAUACAGGGUGUAUAAAAAAAAACGUAAUCGAACUUCAGCGCGCUAUUGUAUCUGAAUUACUCUGCGUAUGAACGAGAUUUUUUCACAUUCGGAAAGAUCAUGCUUUUAGCUGUUGAAUGAUAUCUUCUUCAUGCCAAAUGAUAAAAAAUGAGCAAAUACGAAUCCGCAUAUUUUCACCGUUGAGAGUUGGGUCUAAAACCAUUGAAAAUGAACCCCCUUUAGGUAUUUAAGUUGAUGAAUUUCACUUCAAUAAACGAUGCACAUAUUCAUAAUUAUUAUUAAGUAGGAAUAAAUCUUAGCUAAGCUACGACACGUUCGUGAUUAAUUGCGUUUUCUUUUGUUAAGCAUUGUUUUAAUUAGGCACAGAGGUGAAAAUAUGCGAUUUUGACUAACAUUUUUGAUCGGCCUCGUACAUGCUUAUUUUUUUUUCACUUGGUAUGAAAAGCAUGUCUUUCAAUAGCUAAAAGCCUGAUCUUUCCGAAUAUGAAAACCAAUUGUUCAUACGCCGAGUGAUUCACGUAUAAUAGCGCGCUGAAGUUCGAUUACAUUUUUUUAUACACCCUGUAUAUAGGAAACCACAAAUAGCCGCAAUUAUAAUGCCGAAUAGUAUACUCAGCAAUUAUAUGCCGAAUAUAACAUUUACAGCAAUUAUAUGCCGAAUAAUGUAAAAAAAAAACCCAACUAGCACACGGUUCGUUAACAGUCUUGUGUUACGAGUCAAUGAUUGUGAAAUUUCUGACAGGCUAAUGUGGGCCGAGUCAGUGUUUAUCAAACUUUUGGCAGCCUAAUAUCGGUGAGACAGUAUGUAAUGGGUGAUUUGUUGUUUGAGAAUCACGUCCGUGAAAUUUGCGUCUACAAAUUAAACUUGGUUUGUUUGGAAUUUUAGGUGGAAAUACAUUUCUAUCGUCUGUGCCGUCUUAUCAGUCCAGGUUCAAGAGUGA